AUGCCAAAAACCUGGCUAAUAACCGGUGCAUCCUCCGGCAUCGGGCGAGAAAUCUGCCUGGCGGCGCUCUCACGCGGCGACAGUGUAAUCGCCACCAGUCGGGCUCCGAAAACCCGUCUGGCAGACCUCACCGCUCGCGGCGCCACAAGCCUAAAGCUAGACCUGACGUCCCCAAGCUCGGAAAUCGCAUCGGUAGUAACGCAAGCGCUAUCCCAGCAUGAGAAUAUAGACGUACUGGUGAACGUAGCCGGAUACCUACUCGAAGGCGCAGUGGAGGAGACGAGCGAGGAAGAGACGGAGAAUCUGUACAAGACCAACAUAUUCGGUCCCAUGAACCUUGCGCGGGCGCUGCUUCCGCACUUCCGUGCCCGGGGGUCGGGUGUUAUCGCCAACGUCGCGGGCAUCGGUGCCCUCCGGGGCGCGGCGGCCGCGGGAUACUUUUGCGCCAGCAAGGCGGCGCUCAGAGUGGUUACGGAGGCGUUAAGGGCUGAAGUUGCGGCGUUCGGGAUCGAGGUUUGCUGCGUCAUGUUGGGACAUUUCAGGACGGCGUUUUUGGAUCCUGGGCAUCGCGCUGUGGCUCGGAAUCGGAUCGGCGAGUAUGAGGGGGUGCUGGGCGAGAUCAGGAAGGGGUUUGCCGCCUUUCACGGGUGUCAACCCGGGGAUCCCGUGAAGGCUGGUGGCGUUAUCGUGCGUGUUCUGGCUGGGGAUGGGGGGCUACGGGUACCGGCGGUGUUGCCAGUUGGGGGGGACGUGUUUGCGAAGAUGGAGGAGGGGUGCAGGAAGGUGAUGGGGGAGGUGGAAGGAUUGAGGGAAGUGGCGGGGAAUACGGAUCUGGAGGGGGUGCAGGGGCAUUGA